AUGACUCGCUGUUGCCUCACAGGAAAUUUUGAGGUCACCGCGAACGGACUUCGACCUUUGCCGAUAACGGCGGCUAUCUGGCCGCGUCGCGCGAUACGAUCAAACAGCGGCGCGGCGUCGCGCGAGCGCUAAAAACGCGCAGCGGCCGCCGGAGAUCGUAUUGAUCGGCGGAAGCCCACUCGAGCCGCAGCGCCAGCCGAGCAACAGGCGCGUCCUCCGGCGGCAGCGAACGCUUCGUGCACACAGAGCGCGAGAGGACCUGAGAGCGGGCGCCAUGGGGGUCUUCGCGAUGGUGUGGAUGGUGCUGUUCAACGAGUACACGUUGGCGCUGUUCGUGGUGUCGGUGGUGUUCAAGCUGUGGUACAAGUCGUCGGUGGGCAUCUGCACGUCCACGCGCCGCCUCAACGGGCUGACGGCGCUCGUCACCGGAGCCAACUCAGGCAUCGGGCUGGAGACGGCGCGCGACCUAGCGCGGAGGGGCGCGCGAGUGCUGCUGGCUUGUAGAGACCCCCUCAGAGGGCAGCAGGCGCUCGAGGACGUGCGCAGCGUGGCGGGCGAGGGCGCGUCGGUGGAGCUGGUGGCGCUGGACCUGCUGUCGCUGGCGUCGGUGCGCGCGUGCGCCGCGCACGUGCGAGCCACGGAGCCGCGCCUCGACAUCCUCGUCAACAACGCGGGCGCCGCCGGCCUCGGCGCCGUGCAGUCCAGGGACGGCCUCCACCGCGGCCUGCAGGUGAACCACUUGGGCCCGUUCCUACUGACGCUGCUGCUGGUGGACCUGCUGAAGAAGUCGGCGCCCGCGCGGGUGGUGUUCGUGUCUUCGUGGGCGCACCGCUUCGCCACCAUCGCGCCUGAGAUGCUGGACCACGACCACGCCAAGGACAUGAACGACUUCAGCGUCUACACGCUGAGCAAGCUGGCCAACGUCGUCAUCGCCAACGAGUUCGCCAGGCGGCUCAAAGGCAGUGGUGUGACAGUCAACAGCUUGCAUCCAGGCGUUGUUUUAACAAACAUCAUUCGCCGCAUGCCCCGCUGGAUGUCUAUUCCCGUCUGCAUAGUUCUGCGAGUAUUCUUUAAGACUCCAAUUGAAGGGGCUCAAACAACCAUUCACGUCGCGGUGUCCGAGGAUGUCGAGGGAGUGACAGGCCACUAUUUUGUCGACUGCAAGAAGGCGCGCAUGACGUCGCAGGCGUACGACGAGGCGCUGGCGCGCAGCGUGUGGAACAAGAGCCAGGAGCUGGUGAAGGUGCGCGCGGAGGAACAGCCCUCCUUCGACGCGUAAACGCCACCGAGGACAGCCUUUUCGGCGUUAAUUUGGAACUCAACGUGUUGUGUGUGUGUAUGUGUGCAGAGAGCAGUUGUGAUAAGACUCGUUGCUCUUUUGCGAUUCUAUUUUAUUGAAGGUGCACAAGCCAUGUGGCGGCUUUCACUAAGCCAUGACUGCAACUAAUAUGACAACAUGUGAGAGCCUUUGCCUGUAUUUGCAAAGUGGGGAAGUUUUUACCUGAUAUUUUUUAAAGGGGAUUUUUUAAAGUAUGAAUAUUCAGAAGGAAAAGUAUUAAAUGCGAAUUACUGUACAUCACGUACUGUGAGCUCAUAAACAUCAUAUUUAAACAAAAAAUUAUAUAUCUAAUUAUAUAAUCUAUCCAACAUUGCAUAUUGCUUUCGUGCUUAACUUUUGUGUCUCUUUUGUCCAAACAAGCGGUAAACUUUCUAAUAUUGAAGUUGCGUUAAAUUUUCCUUCUGAACAACCCCCCAUUCCAGUUAAUCGGGGUCGACAACAAUCUUAGUAGUGAAUAAGUUGCAAUUUCCGCACGAGGGAGAAGAAACGCGAUUAACUGUCCAAAUGAAUAGGAAAGUGAAAGCUCAGCCUACGUCUAGUUCCGUAGUAUAGCAGUUGUAUAGUCUGAAUCGUAUGUGUGUACCAGAUCUCUCGAAUUUCGCAAACCGGUGAACAGAUAUCGGAUAUAAACUAUAGAAAGUAAUCACACCUUCAAUUGCAAUUUAUUGUGUCCUUCUCUUGUAGAGAAAGAACAUCAAUAGAUUUGGUGUGAGACUUGACAAUUGUCCAGACAUUAUCGUUAGAAACUUGAAAUAAAGUUUGAUACUUACGAUAUAAAAAAUAUUUAUGGAAUAAAAUAAAUAUUAAAUAUUUUAAGUAUUUAAGAAGAGUUUUGUAAUACUGCAAAGAAUAUUUUUGUAAAUAUUUUCCAUUAAUCAGUAUUGAUAAGUAUACUUCUAGGUUGUGAAUGUAGUUUGCUUACUUGGAUGUCAAUCUUUUCAUAAUUUAUGUGUUUUGCCCUCUAUAUUUGAGAAGAAAUGAGCAAUUGUAUUCCUAGCGUAAAGAGAAGAACAGUUGUGAAUUCUCAAUGCUUUUUGACAUCAGAGCGUCGAAAAAAGGAUAAUUUGAUUUCUAAAUUAUUUGUAUUAAUUCCACUUAUAAUAGGUUACGUUACAGUAUUCUUAAAAUAUACAUUUAUUAAGGAAAGAAA